UCAAAUGAUUACAACUCCCAGUUUCACGUGAUCCUUUAAAAUUUUUGUGGCUGCGUUCUAGUUGCCUUUAGUUUUGUUAAAAUGAUGAUGUUAAAAGGUUCUUUAGUGCUUCUAUCAACGAUAUUAGUGGCACAAUGUACCGAGUUCGUGCCCGUUUUCAGCUGGGGAUCACUAAAAUCCAUAGAAAAAGUUCCUGCCCUUCACAAAAUCAGCCAGGACUCGUUUCUGGACGCAGUGCAAGCACAAUUAAAGAAAAACGUACACACUGUCGUAUUUGCUGAACAAACACUUAGUUCUGAAGACUUUGGACUGAAGAACUCACAGGGUGAAACUGCAUUCCCUUAUUUAUCAGAACUGAAAACGGACUAUAAAGUAGAAUAUUUGCCGUCAGUGCAAAAUCCCAUUAAAGCUUUGAAACAUAGUGAGGGUGAAGUUGAGGAGGUCUCAAUUGAUUCCUUGAAGGAGUCUUUGGACAUUCCUGAGUCUGGAGUUCUAAUCAUUGAUCUCAAUGAUGCCAAAGAUAAUGAACACAGGUGGAACAUGCUGGAACGUCACGACCAAAUGAUUGUGUCAAUCUUUAAGAAACUGGUUGAAAAGUAUGAAAAUGUUGUUGCCUUUUACACGGCCCGUCAUAAUUCUUGGGUUUCCUCAGAAAACAGCAACAACAGACAACGUAGAUCUUUGUUGGAAGCUGAGGAAGAUAAAAGUAACGCCACUUUUUCUGUAGUAAAUAAACUGGCUUAUGUGUAUGGAAACGUCACAUCAGAUAAAUUGAGUGCGAAAAAUGAAAGCAACACAAUUAUAUUGACAUUUGCGACAGAGCCCGCCUUAAGUUUGUCCUUCAAAGAAACUGACGCUGGUUACGUUGAGCUGGUGAGCGGAGACUUGGGAGGAGAAUCCCUUCUGGGAGUUAGUGACAUAUACGCCCCAUCCGGCUUUUCCUAUCAUUGUUCAAACCAACAUUUCAAAAGCGCAAACAAAUCCUUACUGAUCAAAGACUUCCAGAUUCAGGUGUUCCUGGGAAACACAACUAACGAAAAGUUCGGCGACGCGUACGAUUGCGUUGGAUUCACGUCCGCACCGAUCUGGUCUGGAUUGUUCGUGACGUUUAUUUUGCUGUUCAUUUUGACCCUCGGUCUGACAAUGAUGAUGGACAUUAAGACGAUGGAUCGUUUUGAUGAUGCCAAGGGUAAAACAAUUACCAUAAAUGCUUCAGAAUAAUGCAUCAAAAAAAAAAUAACUAGGUGUUACCUCAAUGUUUACAUUACACCUAUAGCCUUUAACUUAGCUCAGUAUUGUGUAAAACCCCUUCAGAUUUAUACUUUUUUGGAUGAUGUGGCUCAUGUGAUAUCUACAGCUUCUAUAUUAUAACAUCAUCUUAGUCUGAUUUCUGAAUUUGGGGUAGCAUUGUAGGCCUAACAAAUAAUUCGGCUCAAUGUCCCACUAUGCCCUACUUUGAAAUCUUUGUCAAUUUUACAACAAUGAAAAUCUAGUCCUAUAGCUUACAGUUGCUUUUUUAAUAGGUACUGUAAGCUAUGAGAGUAACCAAUUUAUACUUAAUUUAGUAAAAAGUUGCUUACAGAUUAAAUACGUCAAAUAAUAUAAUCGAAUUUGUCAAUAAGGGUCCUACUUCAACUUUUUACUAGCGAAAACGAAUUUCUUGUGGAGCAUAGUUUGACGAAUAUAUACAAUUUAUAAUAUAUAUAUAUGACAAUAGUAUUUUUAUUAUUUUUGGAUCAAUAUAAAUAGUUGUUUGGUCAAGUAGGAAAUAUAUUGUUGAAUAUAUGUAAUAUGUUAAGGAAAUAGGGUAACCAACUUAAUUUGGCCUAUUUUUUGGAUGUUAGGUUUGCACUAUAGAAAAAUUUACUAAUUUUGUAAAAUUGUACUUCUUGUUUGUUGCGUUAAUUUGUAAAUAUAUAAAAAAUCUAUUCCCCUGUUAAUGUAUAGUGUUAUCAUAUGUUUCAAAGUGCCCUUAUUUUAUUUCAUUCCAACAUUUUAGAUCAUUUUUAGAUGACACCCUCCUCUUAGUUUAUACAUUAAAUGUACAUUUUUUAACGGUAGUGAUUCAUGGUUAUGGGUAAUUUUAUUUGUAUAUAAUGUCAUAGAAUGUUUUACUGUAUUUAGUUGCCAAACAAUGUAGACUUGUGUCAUCAAUAAAUUAUUAUAUACAUC